GUAUGAUAAAACACAAUGCUCUAUGUAUUCAGAAACCUGCGCUUUCUCCUCUGUCGUCCUCAAAGGCUUCUUCUUUCCCUCUCUCUCUUAAACCCUUUUCUCCACGAUCCUUCUCUUCUUCGUCUCCAAUGGAAAAUAACGAAGCCAAUAAUGGUACCAAGUCUUCUGCUUUCCAGUUUAACAAGAGAAGAGCUGAAGGAUUUGACAAAGUCGUUAAGACUAAGAAGAAUCUCGAAAGAAAAACUCGCAAGCUCAAUCCCAACACUCUUGCUUACGCACAGAUCCUUGGAACGGGAAUGGAUUCAGAAGAUACAUCUUCUUCCGUAUUACUCUUCGUUGACAAACAGAGAUUUAUCUUUAAUGCUGGAGAGGGCUUGCAACGUUUCUGUACAGAACAUAAGAUUAAACUAUCAAAGAGACAGCAGGUGGACUUC